UCAAAAGCAGCUUUACGGCAUUUCAACUAUCUCAACACUGUCGCAAACCGGGCAACCCACUUUCCGGCGCAUAGUAACACGUGUGUUCUGCUGUUAAACGAGGUUUGGAACCAUGGCGAAGAGUUUACGCAGCAAAUGGAAGAGAAAGAUGCGAGCGGAGAAGAGGAAGAAAAAUGCGCCCAAGGAACUGGCGCGGCUUAAAUCGACUCUGGGGCAGGAAGGCAAAGGCGAGAUCACCAUGAAGGACGUGGCUGAGAUCGCAACUGUGGUGCCUGCUCAGAAAUUAAAGGAGAAAGCUGAGGAUGUGGAGAUGGUGGGAGAAGAUGACGAUAUGGGACAGAUGGAGAUGGACAGCAAGCGCAACAAGAAGACGAUGCUCAAUGAGCAUGGACAAUACCCGGUGUGGAUGAGCCAGAGGCAGGCCAAAAAGAUGAAAAGCAAACGCAAGGCAGGCAAAGGAAAACAGAAGCCAAAGAAGGGUGUAGCCUGGUAGACUUUAUCUUUACCUGUGUGGACAAUUUUUACUGAAUCAGGAACAAGUGGAUUGUUUUUCAGCCAGUUUUAACUCACACGGCUGUGGUCACUCACCCCCAAGUCUACCGCCGUAUGGUUGUGCCUCAUUUCAGUAAAUGUAGGAGUGCUGAUUAUGUGGGCUAUACUUGCUGCAUAUGAUGUACAAUUUGUAAACAAUGUGGACUCUUUCAUUCACACUGCUAACGGAUGAUACUGCAAAUGAGAUCUGUAAUGAUGAACGUUGAGUCGUUUGAGAAUUAUAGUGAAUGGCUGAGAAGAGUCCCAUAAACACUUUUUCAACCUAAUCUCUGUCUGCUGCAUAUGUGGCAUAUGAUCAGUUGCCACAAACAAUAGUUUGACUAUUGGUUUCCCUAUUGGUAGAAAACCUGUAGACUUGAAACACACUUAGAAUAGAAGCCAUUCUGAUCUUUUCUAAAUGCAGGGAAAUCUAUCUUUUUUUUUGUUAAAAUGAUCAUCCAUGGCAUUCAGCUGUAUGCUAUAGAUGCAGCAGGCGAAAAGUCCUGGAAUAUUCCUUUACGGAUCUUCAAAUCUGUUGAAAUAGUAUUUGCUUACUACAUAGAUAUAUGGUCUAUUACUACUGGGACAACUAGAUUAAUAAAAAUGAGUGUGUAUUGUCAGUUAUUGCAGAUAUGUAUAUGGUUGAAAAAUGCUUUGUGAUAUUAAAACAACAUUUUCCUCUUAAACAA